AUGGCGGAACCUGGAAGCCCGGAGCCCGAGACUCCGGCCUGCAGCCCCACUGUCGCCACCGCCAUGGCCUCGAAGCAGCUCUUCCGUGCGCUUGUGUCAGCGCAGUGGGUGGCCGAGGCGCUCCGGGGCCCACCGGCCGCGCAGCCCCUGCGGCUGCUCGAUGCCUCUUGGUACCUGGCCAAACUGGGCCGCGACGCGCGCCGCGAGUUCGAGGAGCGCCACAUUCCGGGCGCCGCCUUCUUUGACAUCGACCAGUGCAGCGACCGCACGUCACCCUAUGACCACAUGCUGCCCAGCGCGGCGCAGUUCUCAGAGUAUGUGGGCCGCCUGGGCGUGGGCACCGCCACCCACGUGGUGGUCUAUGACGCCAGCGAUCAGGGCCUCUAUGCGGCGCCGCGCGUCUGGUGGAUGUUCCGCGUCUUCGGCCACCACACCGUAUCUCUGCUUGACGGUGGCCUCCGCAACUGGCUGCGCCAGGGCCUCCCGCUGAGCUCGGGGAAGAGCCGUCCGGAGCCCGCAGAGUUCCACGCGGUGCUGGACCCGGCCUACAUCAAGACGUACGAGGACAUCAAGGAGAACAUUGAAUCCCGGCGCUUCCAGGUGGUGGAUGCCCGCGCCGCCGGCCGCUUCCGGGGCACGGAGCCCGAGCCCCGAGACGGCAUCGAGCCCGGCCACAUCCCUGGCACUAUCAACAUCCCCUUCACGGACUUCCUGACCAAGGACGGCCUGGAGAAGAGCCCUGAGGAGAUCCGCCGCCUCUUUCAGGACAAGAAGGUGGACCUGUCCCUGCCCCUGGUGGCCACGUGUGGCUCCGGCGUCACAGCCUGCCAUGUGGUCCUGGGGGCCUACCUCUGCGGCAAGCCAGAUGUACCCAUCUACGACGGCUCCUGGGUGGAGUGGUACAUGCGUGCCCAACCCGAGGACAUCAUCUCCGAGGGCCGGGGGAUGACCCACUGA